CUAAUCGACAAAUGGAUUGUACCCUGGUCUGGCCGUGGCGGUCAAAUCGCGCAUCGCGCUGCGCCAACUACCAUAACCGCAGCUGCUAGGAAUGCCUCGGCAAAUGACGAUGCAAAUGUCCAUAAAGGCAAAUACGAGCCUUCUCUCUCGAUCCAUGCCGUCAUAUCGUCACGCAAAAAGCAAUUUCACAUCUCAUUUAAAGCACCCAAGAAUACCAAGAAUACCAAGACCGCUAUGCCACCGUUCUCCAACUCCCUCAAAGCGCGAAAAGAGCUCACUGUAUUUGCUGUAUAUGAUGGCCAAUAA